AUGGACGCGACGCUGGCGACGUUCGACACGGUGGAGACGGCGGACUGCGUCGAGUCCUGCCCCGUAGCCGGCUUCGAGAGCUCCAUGGUGGUGGCCACGUACCAGCUGCACAAGGCGGCACAGACCGGCGAGGCGGAGGACCGGCGCACCGGCACGCUGCAGCACUUUCGGCUGGAGUGCGACGCGACCAGCACCGACGGCGCCGGCGUGGCCGUGAACAAGUUGCAGGAAAUGGUGACGUCCAGCGGCAUCUUCGACAUCAAGUGGAACACGGAGGUCAUGAACGGCAAGGCGGUGCUGGGUGCCGCCACUGCUGGCGGCAGCUUGGAACUGUACGAGCUGGCGCAGGAAGGUGGCUCGCAGACACUGCGCCACUCGAGCCUGACCACCGAGGCGGACGCUGACUCCAUGUGCUUGUCGCUGGACUGGAACAACCGCGUGCACUCCAACGCGCAGCCGUCCAUCUGCGUAAGCCACUCAGACGGAGCGCUGUCGGUCUGGGAUGUGGCGCCGGAGGGCAUCGUCCAGCAAGCCAAGUGGCGCGCGCACGACCUGUUCGGCUCGCCUAUCGAGGCCUGGAUCGCUGCCUUCAAUUGCCACGACCCGAACGUGCUCUUCUCGGGCGCGGACGAUGCGGCUCUGAAAGGCUGGGACCUGCGCGUGGGCACUUCCACGCCGACCUUCAAGAACGCGCGCCAGUACUCCAUGGGCGUGUGCAGCAUCCAGUUCCACCCGCACGACGAGCGUCUGGUGGCUAUCGGAAGCUACGACGAGCAGGUGGCUGUCUGGGACCAUCGCAAUAUGACGAGGCCGCUGGCCGUCUACGGCGCCGGUGGAGGCGUGUGGCGCCUCAAAUGGCAUCCGGACAAGACCCGCAAGGAAUUGCUGCUGGCCGCGUGCAUGCACAACGGCUUCCGCGUGCUGGAGCUGGCGGCAGGUGAGACCGAGCUGCGUAAGGCGGCGAGCUACGACCGCCACGACUCGCUCGCGUAUGGCGUCGACUGGUGGCUGCACCCGGCCGCGCUGGCGGCCAAGGCGCCCGUGGUAGGCUCGGCCUCAUUCUACGAUCACGUCUAUCACGUCUGGAAAGCUCCGCUGGAGCUGGGCGCUGGACCUUGA